ACAAGUUAAAACAUUUUAGACGAAAAGCACUGCCGACAUACGGUUUUAUUUGCAAAAUUAAUAAAGCUCCAAAUUGCCAGAACACAAAUUCAAAUCAAAAUCUAAGUGAGUUUAUCCAUCACCACAACCACAAGGGAAGAAGAGAGUUUCACUAGACUACGCACAAGAGAUCGUUGCUCCCCCGCCCCCGCGGCCGCGGUGCUGCCGGCGAAGCGGAGCUCCGAAGAUGACCCACGCGCCGCUCAGAAACGCCGCCGCCUCCUUCAAACCGCUCCUCCCGUCUCCCCGCUCCCGCCUCAGCACCAAGCCCCUCAACUCCGGCGCCUCCCCCUCCUCCUCGUCUCCUCGUCGCAGCGUCUCCGCCUCGGCCUCCUCCCGCCGCGACUUGCUCCUCCUCAUCCCCUCGCUCGCCGCCGCCUCCGCCGUGCUUCGCGCGGCCCCCGCCGCUGCCGCCGAUGACCAGGCGUCACCCCCACCGCCUCCCGCCGAGUCGCCGGCCCCCGCCCCGCUGCCCCCGCCGAAGGAGAAGGAGCCCGAUGGCGACGAGUCGGCCGUGUCGAGGGUGUACGACGCGACCGUCAUCGGGGAGCCGCAGGCGGUGAGGAGGGAGGCCAAGGGCCGGGUGUGGGACAAGCUGGCGGCCGCCAGGGUCGUCUACCUCGGCGAGGCCGAGCUCGUGCCCGACCCCGACGACCGCGUCCUCGAGCUCGAGAUCGUCACCAAGCUCGCCGCCCGCUGCGCCGACGCCGAGAGGCGCAUGUCCCUCGCGCUCGAGGCAUUCCCCUGCGACCUCCAGCAGCAGCUAGACGACUUCAUGAGCGGAAGGAUUGAUGGCAGCAUCCUGAAGUUGUACACGUCGCACUGGCCAUCAGAGCGCUGGCAGGAGUAUGAACCUCUUCUAAAUUUCUGUCGUGAUAAUGGAAUUAAGCUUGUUGCUAGUGGAACCCCACUGCAGGUGAAAAGAACUGUCCAGGCAGAGGGGAUUGGAGGCCUUUCGAAAGCAGAAAGAAAGGAAUAUGCUCCUCCAGCAGGCUCUGGCUUCAUUUCUGGUUUUAGGUCUGGCCGGUCGUUCAUAGAGAAUAUUACAUCAACUCGUGACUCUCCUUUUGGUCCGAAUUCAUAUUUAUCAGCACAGGCAAGAGUAGUUGAUGAUUAUACCAUGUCUCAGAUAGUUAUGAAAGAACUUAAUGGUAGAGAUCCUCCAGGGCUGCUAAUUGUUGUGGCGGGUGCAAGCCAUCUUAUAUAUGGGUCACGAGGAACUGGUGUUCCUGCCAGAGUAUCUAAAAAGUUGCCGAAGAAAGGCCAAGUUGUGGUACUACUUGAUCCUGAAAGACAGAGUAUAAGGAGGGAAGGUCAAAUCCCAGUUGCUGACUUCUUAUGGUAUUCAGCGGCUAAAACUUGCACCAGAAAUUGCUUUGACCGUGCUGAAAUUGCUAGAGUUAUGAAUGCUGCUGGCAGGAGGCCUGAAGCUUUACCCCAGGAUCUUCAGAAAGGAAUAGAUCUUGGAGUUGUUUCUCCUGAGAUAUUGCAGAACUUCUUUGACCUCGACAAAAACCCUGUUAUGACUGAGCUAAUUCACCGAUUCCAAGGUUUCCGGGAAAGAUUGCUCGCAGACCCAAAAUUCCUCCAAAGAUUAGCAAUUGAAGAGGCUAUAUCAAUUUCAACCACUCUACUAGCACAGUAUGAAAGACGGAAAGGGCGAUUUUUUGAGGAAAUUGACUAUGUCCUCACCGAUACUAUUAGAGGGUCUGUCGUCGAUUUUUUUACAGUGUGGCUACCUGCUCCAACUAUUUCAGUGCUUUCUUUUACUGAUAAUGAUUCUGGUCAGAGCUUGGGCUUUGUCAGAGGCCUUUUGGGAUCAUUGCCAGAUAACGCGUUCCAAAAGAAUACCUUUGGUCAGAACUGGAAUAUGAACCAGAGGGUUGCCGCAGUAAUAGUUGGUGGUUUGAAACUUGCUGGUGUGGGGUUUAUUUCUAGUGUUGGGGCUGGAGUUUCCUCAGAUCUCCUGUAUGCUGCUCGAGGAGUGCUGAAACCUUCUGUGAGUGUGGGAGCAGGGCGAAAGAGAGCUCCUGUUUUGAAGUCGGCAGCUGUUUAUAGUUGCUUUCUUGGAACAUCAGCAAAUUUGCGGUAUCAGAUCAUUGCUGGCUUAUUGGAGCAUCGACUGGGAGAGAGCCUGGCAACUCAGUAUAAUCAGCCACUUCUUGCUGGUCUCUUGUCCUUUGUAGCAAGGACAGCCAACUCAUACUUGGGAACACAGCAAUGGGUUGAUCUUGCUCGGUACACUGGAAUACAGAAGAUUCAGGAACAGCUUCCUUCUGAUGAGGUCACCGCGCCACCUGAAACAUCCCAGUUAGAGGACGGUAGAACCGAUGUACAGAACCCGGAUGAGAGCAGCAGCAGCAGCAGCAAUGCGGACCGAUCGAGUGAUCCGACCAAGUGAUUUGGUCGCUUUCCGUGGGCUUCAAAGUCCACAACCAUAUAUGUAUAUAGGUUCAAGACAGCGAAAGGAAUCUUGUUGCUACGAUGCUGAGCCUCUCACUCUUUGAUCGGCCAGGAUGGACUAUUCAUACAAGAAAAAACAAUAAAUUACUGCAGUUAGCCAUUUUUUCUAGGGUAAAUAUACUCUUGUAGAUUGUACUUUGUACUCUGUAAAGAAAUAUAAGAGCAUUUAAAUCACUAUUUUAGUAGUCUAAACGCUUUUAUAUUUCUUUACAAUGGGAAUACAUAUGUAAGGAGAAGACGAUGAGUGUCUAGUGGAUUAAUUGGCAUCAGCAAUUACGGGUUUUGAGUUGUA